AUGAGGGUUUCGUUGUAUCAGCAAACAAUGAAGGUGUGGGUUGUUUUAGCAGUGGCAGUGUUAUGCGGUUGUUCCCUGUCCGUGGCCCAACCACCGACAGCCAUGUUCAAUAUUAUGGCUGCCACUACAGAUCUAAGCACGAACAUCAUCGGACAAAAUGGUCUGUGUGCCGACGUAUACAAGGGAAACUACAAGGAUGGAAACCCAGUAGUGUUAUGGCCAUGUGGACAUUCAACCAAUCAAUUGCGGACAUCGGUAUCAGACGAUAAUACAAUUCGGUGCAACGGAAAAUGCUUAACCGCUUAUGGAUACUUCUCCCAAGCCGAUGUGGUGAUCUACGAUUGUGACAAGGCUGAACCUGAUGCCACCAAAUGGGAAAUCCUGAGUGGUGGAACUAUAUGA